AUUUUAUGAAUAUAUUUUGAUAUGUUAGUUAGACAAAUUUCGUAAAAAAUUUCGUGUAAUUCUUUUAUGUUUGUAACUUUGUAAAAAUGAGUGACGACGCCAGAAAAGGAGAAGGGAGACAUUAUUUAUUGGUGGAAGAUUCGGAUGAAAGCAUUGAAGCAAUAUCUUUUGUUUCAUAUGAAUCAGAAAAAGAAGAGCCGCCAUGUGAACCAGAACCAGAACCAGAACCAGUGCCGGAACCACCACCGGAAGAGGUAGUCAAAGCACCACCAGUCUAUGAAACUGGUAAAGUAUUUGCUGUUUCGGGACCAGUCGUUACUGCUGGAGAAAUGUUGGGUGCUGCUAUGUAUGAAAUGGUGCGCGUUGGUUAUUUCAUGCUUGUAGGUGAGGUGAUUCGUCUUGAAGGUGACAUGGCUACUAUACAAGUUUAUGAGGAUACGUCUGGGGUGGCUGUAGGUGAUCCUAUAUAUCGUACUGGCCGACCGUUAUGUGUUGAGUUAGGUCCUGGUAUAAUGGGUAAUAUUUUUGAUGGCAUACAACGACCUUUGCGUGAAAUCAGCGCGAAAACUCAACGAAUUUAUAUCCCAAAGGGCAUAAAUGUAACAAGUUUGUCUCGAGAGCGCAAAUGGGAUUUUACACCAAAAAUGAAUGUAGGUGAUUACAUUACUGGUGGAGAUAUAUACGGUGAAGUUGUUGAGAACAGUUUAGUAACCGAAAAAAUAUUAUUCGAUUUGCACUAUAUGGGCACAAUUAAAUAUAUUGCACCCCAAGGAAUUUACUCAGUUGAAGAUGUUGUACUGGAAACUGAGCAUAAUGAUGUUGUUACAAAGCAUACUAUGCUACAAAUAUGGCCAGUACGAGAACCACGCCCGGUUAAAGAAAAAAUGAUUUCAAACUUUCCACUUCUAACUGGACAACGUGUACUGGAUUCGCUUUUUCCGUGUGUUCAAGGCGGCACAACUGCAAUUCCUGGUGCUUUUGGGUGCGGUAAAACUGUCAUAUCUCAGGCUCUGUCAAAAUACUCCAACUCAGAUGUUAUCAUUUAUGUUGGUUGCGGUGAACGUGGUAAUGAGAUGUCUGAAGUAUUAACCGAAUUUCCAGCAUUGACUAUAGAUAUGGAAGGUGUUACUGAAUCCAUUAUGAAGCGUACUGCUCUUGUUGCCAACACAUCUAACAUGCCUGUCGCUGCUCGUGAAGCUUCUAUUUAUACCGGUAUUACACUUUGUGAAUACUUCCGUGAUAUGGGUUACAACGUAUCUAUGAUGGCUGAUUCCACAUCACGUUGGGCUGAAGCUCUUCGUGAAAUUUCUGGUCGUCUCGCUGAAAUGCCUGCCGAUUCCGGUUAUCCAGCUUACUUGGGUGCACGUUUAGCUUCCUUCUACGAACGUGCUGGUCGUGUGAAAUGUAUGGGAAGUCCCGAUCGUGAAGGUUCUGUAUCUAUUGUUGGUGCUGUUUCACCGCCUGGUGGUGAUUUCUCAGAUCCCGUCACAUCAGCAACUUUGAAUAUUGUACAAGUGUUUUGGGGUUUAGACAAAAAGUUAGCACAACGAAAACAUUUCCCUUCAAUUAAUUGGUUAAUUUCAUACUCAAAGUAUAUACGUUCUCUCGAUAGCUAUUAUGAAGAGAAUUUUCCACAGUUCCCACCACUACGCGCAAAAGUUAAACAGAUUUUGCAAGAAGAAGAAGAUUUAUCGGAAAUUGUUCAAUUGGUAGGUAAAUCAUCUUUGGCAGAAAAUGAUAAGCUCACACUCGAAGUUGCUAAGAUGAUUAGAGAAGACUUCCUACAACAAAAUUCAUACUCUCAAUAUGAUCGUUACUGUCCUUUUUAUAAGACAGUCGCCAUGAUAAACAACAUAAUAGGCUUUUAUGACAUGGGUCAUAGUGCAAUAGAAUCUACUGCGAAUGAAGAACAACGUGUUACUUGGGGUGUUAUACGUGAAAACCUCGCUGACAUUAUAUAUGAGCUAUCUAUAAUGAAGUAUAAGGAUCACAAGGAGUUAGGCGAAGAGAAACUCUCAGAAGAAAUGAAAUCUUUAUAUGAAUCAAUGACGAAGGCCUUCAAAAAGUUAACAGAUUGAGCAAUAAUUUUACAAACAGUUAAACAAGUAUUCAAAUGAAAAUUAUAUGGUUUUAGAUAAAGGCUUUAAUCUAAAAAGUUAGGAAAUAAACAAAUGUGUUGUGUUGAUUUCAAAACUCUAAAAUUAUAUAUUUGUGAAAAUAUAUCAAACCCUUAAAGA